AUGGCCAACAGAAAACCCGAAUCACCACCAAUGAAAGAACAUGUCGACGACAACAAGAAAAGCAGAACCUCAUCCCCUUCACUCUCCCGACGGUCAUAUGCCGAGCGCUACGCUUCGCAGAUCCGCAGCCCCUCCGCUCAGAUCGUGCACCAGCACGCAUCCCGUGAGAAGCAGCGUGAUAUGUUCCUGAAUAAAGUGAAACGUAGUCGCGAUGAGGGCAGAUUUGAGGCGAGAAGCGACCAGAUGCAGAUGAUUAAUUAUCUUGUGCAGCAGCGUAGAUAUCAGGAGGAGAUUGAGAGGUCUGCUCCGGAUUUUGGUGAGAUGAUGGAGGAAGUUGAGGGGGGGGAAGGUUUGAUGGGUUUUGAAGAUGGGCAGGGAGUGGAUUCGCGAUGGGGGAGCCGUGGUGAUGGUGUGGAAGAGGAGCGCAUCCUGGAGGAAUUUAUAUCCCAGGAAGAGCAAUAUCAAGCAUUUUUGGAGGAGCUGGAGAGCUCUCGGGAAACAGAGCAACCGCUGCAGCCUUGUCCGCCAAGCUCCCAUUACGAUGAUGAGGAUUACUACGAGACUAUCUUUGCCGAUUUGAUUGGCAACGGCCAUGGCCCGGCCAAAUCAUCAGGAGAGAACGACAACGGAAAUGACGGCAUGGAUACGUCGCAGGGCUAG